UUCCUAGAUUAUAAAGUAUUACGGUGGAAUUGCGCUAUACCUGCUGCUGCUGCGUUCAAUCAGCAAUUUGGUUUUAAUAUCCUGUAUCGUGAAUCGGCUGAGCACCUGAUCGGAGGAAGGCCGUGCCGCAGAGUUCAUCUUUGAUGCCAGUGAAUAUUUUGCUCAUUUCCCUCCCGACCCUCACAUAACACUGAGGGGAGGGGGACGUCUGUAUAAAUCUCAUGGAUUAUAAUCUGUUCUUUCAGAUCUGGCACAAGGCUUGUUUUCAUUGUGAAGUCUGCAAAAUGAUCCUGACCGUCAACAACUUUGUCAGUUUCCAGAAGAAGCCGUUCUGCCAGGCGCACAAUCCUAAGAUUAACACCUUCACCAGUGUGUAUGACACGCCGGCCAAUAUCCAUGUGAAGAGACAGUCUGAUACAUUCAGUGAGAUUAAGUAUCGGGAGGACGGAGAACGAUUCAAGUCUGUUUUUCACUGGGACAUGAAAGACAUCGAUCGUGAUGAGAACUACAAGGCGCAGCAUGUGAAGCAGCAGAAUGCAUUUGAAGAGGGUAAAUCCUGGCUGUCUAAUGUAGACCCGGAGAUGGUUCGCAUCAAGCAGGUGCAGAGGAUGGCAAAUAACGAAGAGUAUACAGAGGAACAUGAGCAGCAGAGCAGGAAAGGAAGCUUCCCGGCCAUGAUCACCCCGACAUAUCAGACAGCGAGGAAAGCCGCUCAGCUGGCCAGUAAUGUGGAAUACAAGCGCGGGCAUGAUGAGCGGCUGUCCCAGUACACGAGUCUGGCGGACACAAAGGAUAUCCUACAUGCCAAGUCUGGGGGGCAGCAGCGCAGUGAUAUACAAUACACAGAAGACUAUGUGGAGCAGAGGGGGAAGGGCAGCUUCCCGGCACUGAUUACUCCAGGCUACCAGAUAGCCAAGAAGGCUAAUGAGCUGGCCAGUGAUGUAAAAUAUCACCAGCGUUAUCAGAGGGAGAUGAAGGGGAAAGCAGAUGUUACCUCCACCAGACAGAGUACGGACCAGCUGGACCAGGAAUAUGAUGAGGAUCUGGAGGAGUACAGAGGGAAGGGCAGCUUCCCAGCAAUGAUCACCCCUGCAUAUCUCAGCGCCAAGAAGGCUAAUGAUAUCGCCAGUGACCUUAAAUACAAAGAAAAAUACCAGACUCAGGUGAAGGGACAUUACGAUGGCGUCGGCAUGGAUCGCCGCACCUUACACGCCAUCAAGGCCGGGAACCUCGCCAGCAAUCUCUCCUACAAAUCAGACAAGGCUGACGGCGAAUACUGUUACCCAGCAACCCUCGCUCCAUCUUACCAGACCACAAAGAAGCUGCUCCCCCUGAAGGAUGUAAAUUACCGGCAGAACAUUGACCGGGUGAAGUUCAGCUCUGUCACCGAUACCCCGCAGAUUGUGCAAGCGAGGGUUAAUGCUCAGCAGCUGAGUGAUCUGAAUUACAGAGCGGAGUACGAGAAAUCCAAGACCCGCUACACCCUGCCCCAGGACGUCCCGGAAUUAGUGAAGGCGAAGGCGAACGCUGAGCUCUACAGCGAGAACAGAUACAAGGAGCAAUGGAAGAAGAGCAAAGGGCAGAACUUCGAGAUGAGCCUGGACAACCUGGCCAUGAUGACCGCCAAAGCCUCAGGGGACCUGGCAAGUGACAUUAAAUACAGAGAAGAAUAUGAGAAAUAUAAAGGAAAGGCGGCAGCGACCAGUGACUUGCGACUCCUCCAUUCUAUGCAAGUUGGGAAGCUGAGCAGCGAGAUCAACUACAAGAAAGGAUUCGAGGAGUCGAAGACGCGCUUCCAUUUGCCGAUGGACAUGGUGAACCUCACUCACGCCAAGCAGGCGCAGGCGCUGGCGAGCGACCUGGACUACCGCACCAAGCUCCACGAGUACACGCUGCUGCCCGAGGACAUGAAGGUCACAUGGGCCAAGAAAGCCUACGGCCUGCAGAGCGAGCAUCAGUACAAGUCGGACCUGACGUGGAUGAAGGGGGUCGGGUGGAUGACAGAGGGAAGCCUGAACGCGAAGCAAGCGAAGAAAGCCGGAGAUCUGUUUAGCGAGAAAAAGUAUCGUCAGAAGGCAGACGCUCUGAAGUUCACCAGCGUCGCUGACAACCCGCAGAUCAGACAUGCUAAGAAGAGUCAGGAACUGCAGAGCGAUCUUGUGUAUAAAUCUGGCAUGGAGGAUCUCCUGCACCACUACACCAUGCACCAUGAUGAGCCCACCUUCCAUCAAGCCAGGAUCAACGCUACCAACCUCAGCGAGACUUUAUAUAAGAGCAGCUGGAAAAAGCAGAAGGAGAAGGGAUUUGAGCUGACUUUGGAUUCGUUGCCCAUCUUGACCGCCAAAGCCAAACGGGACCUCGCCAGUGACAUCAAGUAUAAGGAAGAAUAUGAAAAGACAAGGGGCAAGAUGAUUGGGGUGCAACGGGCUGAGGAAGACGCCACAAUUUCCCACUCUCUCCAGAUGACCAAAAUGCAGAGUGAUCUCGAGUACAAGAAAGGUUUUGAGGACACAAAGUCACGCUAUCACGUAUCCAUGGACAUGCUAGACAUGGCACAUGCGACCUUGGCACAAGCCCUGGCCACCGAUCGUGGUUACAGGACGAUGCACCACCGAUAUAGUGCCCUGCCUACUGACAUGAAAGUUCAAUGGGCAAAGAAGGCCUAUGAUCUGCAGAGUGAUAACCAGUAUAAAUCGGACCUGAAGUGGAUGCGGGGGGUCGGCUGGAUCACUGCGGGGUCACUGGAUGUGCUUCAGGCAAAGAAAGCAGUCGGGCUGAUAAGUGAGACAUCGUACAGACAGCUGCCGUCCGCCCUCAGCUUCACCAGUGUCCAGGACUCACCGGAGAUGGUUCAGGCCAAGAUUAGCUACAACCAGGCCGUGGACAGUAAAUAUAAAAAGCAGGGGGAGAACAUCAAGCACCGAUUUACCGCCACCGCCGAGCUGCCUGAACUACUGCAAGCCAAACUCAAUGCCCUGAACAUCAGUGAGACCCGCUACAAGGAGUCCUGGAGCCGGAUGCGCGACGGCGGAUACAAGCUGAAGCUGGACGCCAUCCCAUUCCAGGCCGCAAAGUCGUCGGGGGAAAUUAUCAGUGAUUAUAAAUAUAAAGAGGAGUUUGAAAAAUGUAAGGGUAAACUGCUCGGCCUGCGCAGACUGGAGGACGACCUGAACCUGUCUCAUUCCGUUCACACCUCGUCUCUGUCCAGUGAGGUCCAGUACAAGAAAGGCUUUGCGGAGAGUAAGUCUCGCUUCCGUCUGCCCCUGGACAUGGUGAAUCUGGUCCACGCCCGGAAGGCGCAGGCUCUGGUCAGCGACCAGGACUACAGGCACCUGCUGCACCGCUACACCGCACUGUCCGAUGACCUCCGACUUAUGACGGCUAAAAAAGCGUACAAGCUGCAAAGUGAGAACUUGUACCGAUCGGAUCUAAACUUUAUGAGAGGCGUCGGCUGCAUCACUCCCGGAGCGCUGGACAUCGAGGAGAGGAAGAGAGCGACAAACCUGAUCAGUGAGAGCAAAUACCGACAGCAGCCGCACACGUUUAGAUACACGACUGUAGCCGACUCCCUGGACGUUUUGCACGCUAAAUUCAGCAACAAGAUAACCAAUGAGCGGCUGUACAGAGCGGCCGGGGAGGAGGUCCUGCACCACUACACCGCCGUGCUGGAGCUCCCGGAACACGUCCGCGCCAAACUGAAUGCUGUCAACAUCAGUGACAUAAAGUACAGGGAAUCCUGGCUCAAUAUGCGCGCUCACGGUCACAACCUCACAAUGGACGCACUACAGUUCCAGACUGCGAAGUUGUCGGGGUCUAUAGCCAGCGAUUACAAAUACAAACACGAUUACGUUGCUGAGAGAGGGAAACACAUCGGCACUCGGAGCGUCUUGGACGAUCCCAAUAUCCUGCGCUGUCUGCGUGUCGCCAAGUUGCAGAGCGAGCAGGAGUACAAGAAGGAUUCCCAUCAUCUCCACUCCCAGUAUCAUCUCUCCUCUGACAUGAUGGACCUGGUGCACGCCAAGAAGGCGCAAGCUUUGGUCAGCGACCAGGACUACAAGGUUCUGCUCCACCAGUACACGACCGACUCUAAGGAUCUAAGACUGCAAUGUGCGAAGCAAGCACAUCUGCUGCAGAGUGAGUCUCGAUAUAAAUCUGACCUAAACUUCCUGAGAGGAGUAGGGUGGGAGGCAGCGGGAUCUCCCCAUAUACAAAGUGUGAAGAAAGCCGGAGAGCUCAUCAGUGAGACCAAAUAUCGUCAAAGUCCCGGAUCAAUGUCUUUUACAGCCGUUACAGACUCUCCCAGCCUGCUCCAUGCCAAGAACAGCUAUCAGCAGUGCAGUGAGAGACUGUAUAAAUCGGGGGAUCAGGAGUCGAUGCACAGAUUUACGUUGCCUCCGGAUCAUCCGGACUUUGUUCGCGCUCGAAUUAAUGCGGCUCAGAUAAGUGACAAAGCCUACAGGACUCUAUGGGAGCAGUCUCGUGCGGCGGGCUACGACCUGCGCCUGGACGCCAUUCCCUUCCAGACCGCCAAGGCUUCCAGAGAGAUCGCCAGUGAUUUCCGCUACAGAGAAGCCUUCGUGAGGGACAGGGGGCAUCAGAUCGGCUUCCGCAGCGUCAGCGAUGACCCCAAAACACAGCAUGUUAUGAAGGUGGGCAAACUCCUGAGCGACCGGGAGUACAAGAAACUGUCAGAAGAGAGCAGGUGCCGGGUCCGGACUCAUAUGGAUCAACCAGGAUUCAUCCAGGCCAAGAAGAGCCAGGAGCAGGCCAGCGACAUCAAGUACCGCCAGCACCUGCACCAGUACACGUGUGACCCCGAGCAGCUCGCCCUGAAACACGCCAAACAGGCGCACGGACUGCAGAGCGAUGUUAAAUACAAAUCUGAUCUCAACUGGAUGAAAGGUGUGGGGUGGACGCCCCCCGGGUAUUACAAGGUAGAGCUCGCCCGCCGGGCUGCGGAACAGAGAAAUGCAGAGCAUGAAGCGCCGCGCCGCCCGGAGGUUGGAGACUACGCAGCGGGUGCCGAAGAAUCUUUGGGGGACGUAAACCGAGACGCUUCUGAGAUCCUUCAGGUGAAACGGAGAAAGAUUCUUCCUAUGAAGAAAUGAGGGGCGCUGAUCCUGGGGUGUUGGGGUGAAGAUUUUGUGGACGCACUGGGCGGCUCCUGCUAUGAAGAUGUUGCUAGUGUUAUUAUGGUGUAUUCUCCCCGGGGAUCUUCUGGCGCUGUUCCACGCCUCACCUCCAGAGGGCAGUGUACUAUAGUGAUGAAUGGGGAGGACUCAGCAGCACUAUCAGUGUUACUCCGCAGUGCCUUAAAGUGCUUGCAAUGAAGCUGCGAUGUUCACUGGACACAGUGGAGGCUGCUGUAAUUGCCUUGUAGAUUUCUAGACUGGCAGGAUCAGUUUCCGUAUAAUCCAGAAACAUGAAGAUGAAUAUUUGUAGACCUGAGAUGUGUUUGUAAGAAAUAAACAAGAUUAAUGCAG